AUGUCUUCCAAGGAGGCAACCCACGCAAUCAAGGGCUUGCAAGCCACGCAGGCCCAUCCUCCGCUUCGGCUGGAGAUAGACGACUGGUACACCACGGCAAGCCCUGAUCACCAGCUCCAGGUGACCAUGUUUGUCCUCGCUCUCAUGAGGUUUCAGGCCAUGAGCAUUUACGGCUCUUCAUAUCUGCCAUGGCAUAAGAUCAACGGAGCUCAAAAGCGCAUGGUCGGGUAUUGCACUCACGAUAGCAUCUUGUUCGCUACCUGGCACCGCGUCUAUCUUCUCCUGUCCGAUGUAUCGGUGGCUGUGAUGGUUAUUGCAGACUAA